AGCAGCAGCAGCACACUGUCCAUCAGACGGCGUCCGUCACGGCGUGGGUGGCUGCAGUGCAUUCGUUACACCUCCAAAACAAAGCUAGUGACCAUCAGUGGGUGCGCUGGGUCGAGCAGUCCACGUCCGGCGUGUGGUCACACCGUAUUCCAGUUCCAUGGCGGAAAUGGGCAUUGUCGCCUCUGCGGCUACUCUAGUACCCACACUGUCGCCACGCGGCGCCCCUCCACCAAUCCCCUGUCACUGUGCUCCAGCACGUCCCGCUCGCUUGGUCGCCCCGCCACCUGCAAGGCGUCGUCGUCGUGGAACAGAAACCAGUGCUCGUCCCAGCUUGUGUCCAGCCAGAACUCGCGCCCCACAACGGACGGCCACGGGGCCCUCACCACGCGCACGCGUUUGCCCUCAAGUCGGCUGGACAACACGUCGACCGACGUAAAUCGGCCCAUCCUCUUCAGUAGAGUUGCGGAAGUAGGGCGUCAUUUCUUGCCGCCUGUGCGGCAGAUUCGGCAUUUUAUGUGCAGUUGUGGGGACACGCCUUUAUUGUGUCUCCGCCCAAGGCUUCCUGGCUCCAGACGAAUUGGGCAGCUGCAGAACGCACACCAUGCAACCGAAUUGGUGUCCUGA